CACCUCUGAGACGGUCCAUGUUAGGGAAGACACAAUGUUAAACACAAGCAACCCCUUUUCAUUUGAGGGCGACAGCAUAAUCGCGGAUUCGGACUUCUAUGAUCAGGACAACUAUGAAGUCCCAGAUCCUGGGGUGCUCCCAGAAAAACAUGAGUUGGGUCUGUUGGAGGAACCACAGGCCCCGCAGCUCUUUACCAGUUCCGAGAGGUGGCAGAACAUAAACCUGCGUACCCGUGCCCGACUACUGUGGCUACACCUACGCACAUACCUCCAUUACAUUGUGGAAAAGGAGAAGAAAGCAGAGCUGCGGGUCGCUCGCAUGGUGCAUGGGCUGGAGCCACUGCGUCGCCUGAAGGUGGCAGCUGGGCUGUGCUCGGUAGCACAAGACCCAGCGCGUGACCGCUUUGUGGUACUAGAUGCUGCAGGUUGCCUACAUCAGCACACCAAGGAUGGCUGGGUGCUGGCAAAGCUGAAGGCUCCUGCCGUGCUUCAUGGGCUAGUGACUGUGCCUGGCUCUCUGGGAAAAGUGGGCCGCUUUGUAGGCUGGGGUCCAGCUGGACUGAGCAUAUUAGGGGAAGACUUCAACCUGCUCUGGCUGAGCCAGCCACCAGUGAGCAAGACACUGGGCCAGGAGCUUUUUCACUGUUUACCAGUGCCCACUCUAGGACUUUUGCUUGUGGCCCAGGUGGGUGGCAGCCUGGAGCUCUGGAAGUUCCGUUCAGGUGGUCGCCGCCUGGUGUCCUGUGGUUCACCUUUGCACCCACCACCAGGCUUGUCUGGCUCUUUCAGUUGUAUGGCCCUAGGGUCAGAAACUGACCCCUGCAACCAGUAUUGCUUUGCCGCCUAUGGCUCGGCGGUGCUCACUUUUGAUCUGGACUCCUGGACUCUCAUAAAUGCGUGCCAUGAUCUACACAAAACCGUCAUCUCAGACAUGGAGUACUGUGAGGAGGUGGAAGCCCUGAUGACGGCUUCCCGGGACAGUACCUUGAAGGUGUGGGAAGCCGACUGGCAGAUCCGGAUGGUGUUCGUGGGCCACACAGGCCCAGUGACCGCUAUGGCAGUGCUCCCAAACAGCGCACUGGCAGUGUCUGCCUCACAGGACGGGACAUUGCGCACAUGGGACCUGCGGGCUGCAUCUCAGGUGGGAGAGGUAACACUGGAUUUGGGGAACCAAGAUGCUCUCUCUGAGAAAGUGAGCAAGUUGCUGGCUCCUGCACGUCCUGGCUGGCCAGUGCUCUCUCUCUGCUCAAAAAGUGUGGAUCUGUGGCAUAUGCAUGACCUCUAUUCACCGUUAGCACAGCUGUCCGCACCAGUGCUCCACGUUCAGAUAGCGCCAGUGCUGCCGACACCAAUCGAGCCGGCUCUGCCCUCUCGCCUUGUGUGCGCCUGUGCAGAUGGGUCGGUCUACCUGGUGUCAGCAACUACGGGACGAACCGUAAGUUCACUGCUGCUGGAGCCGGAGGACGCUGCCAUUGGGGUGGUUUACUGUUUGACUCGAGAAUCUCUGUGGGUGUUGACGCGCUCGGGGGAGCUGGUGCGCGCCAAUGCAGCACGCUGCCCUAUGGUCGUGCUUCACCGCCUGCCCCCGCCUCCACCCCCAGCCCCGCAGCCCUGCUGCCUGCACCUCUACAGCCAUCUCACAGACCCUCGUAGUGCGUUUGCUUGCUGGGAGCUCGUACGCCAGUUUCGCGGCGACAUGCGCCGCAGUGCCAUUGCCUGGGCCUGGAAAAACAAGAACAGGUUCCUACCGAUAAUCGGGCACUCAGACGGUUCACUGUCCGUGAAGGACUGGCGCUCAUCCGAGACGGUCUUUCACACAGAAGCACACAGCCCAGGACCAGUGACUGCCAUCGGGUCCACCUGGAACACCGUCGUGACCUCAGGUGGAGAUUUGACAGUAAAGAUGUGGCGUGUGUUCCCAUACGCCGAGGAAAGCCUAAGCCUGGUCCGCACCUUCUCUUGUUGCCACCCCGUGGUAAUGCUCUGUGUCCUGGGGAAGCGCAUCACUGUAGGCUUUGAGCAUCCAGAAACUGCCACCUAUGGCCUGGUGCAAUUUGGCAUGGGUGACAGAGUACGCUGUGACCACCGGCCACAGGAUGACCCUAUGGACCACAUUACGGGCCUAUGCUGCUGCCCCACCCUCAAGAUUUAUGCCUGCUCCAGCCUAGACUGCACCAUCCGAAUAUGGACCUGGGAUAACCGCCUGCUGCGGCUCCUGCAGCUGGACGGUCCCCCUCAGACCCUGGCCUUCUCCAGCAACAGCGGAGACCUGGUACUCACGCUGGGUUCCCGCCUUUGCCUGGUGCGCCACACGCUCUACCUACCCACAUCCUAUCUGCUUAAGCACUUGUGCGAGAAGACCCCCGAGAUAGUGAACGACCCUCCGCUGUCACUGAGCAACCAGACACCGCUGACGUCCACCCAGCUGCAGAGGCUUGCCAGCCUGCACGGAGCAGCCAGUCUCAGCGUAGACGCGCCCUUCAGCCUUGAGCAGACAGCAACACGUCAACAGCCAGUGUUGAAGGAGGACUUGGAGACUAUCAUAGCCCGAGAUCAAGAUCUUCAAGAACUAAGGGAAGGGUUGGUGGUCCCAGCAACUCUGCCCCCACUCUCCUGGAAGCAGCAACAGGAAGCCUUUGACAGUUACUUACAGCGGAUCUAUGGGUCUGACAUGCUGGACAUAAAAAGUGAAUGGCUGUCCCUGCAGUGGGACUCAGACUACGAGGACGUUCUCACCAGUGAUGCUCCGGCGGGGUACCAACCCCCAGCCCCAGGAGCCCCAGGCAAGCGCUUCGCCCGCCCUCCCCAAGUCUCCUUGCCUAUUCCACCUACCUUCCGAAAGGUGCAUAGCAGGGCAUCCCAGCUUCUAGCACAUUCCUCCCUGUGCUAUGAGCUGGGCCUCAGUUUAGAUCUGCGGGCACAGUGGGAUCAGUAUGAAGGACAGAUGGUGGACCUGGACUUAACGGCCUAUUACCAGCGCCCUAGGGUUCCAUUGUUGCUGCAAAGAAGGCCCAGGGAACCUCUCUCAAAACUCGGGGGCUUCUUUCCUGCCACCAUACAGCCCUUCAUGCAACACACUCGGGUCAUCAGAUUUCCUGGCUGUGUGCCCAACUCUGUGAUACUGCGGCAGUUAUGGUUGCACGAGGACGUCAAACGUCUCGGAUCCCUAGAAGAGCUGUCCACCCUGAGUAAAGUGAAGCUACCUGGAAGCCGGGAUGGCUGGUGGCACAGGCGUGUAAGGCGACCUCUGAGGUGGAGAAACAAACAGUUCCGCCGCUGGCUUCACCAUAGACGCAGGAAAGGAAGAGAGUACCGUGAGGAGGAAGAGGACUUUGAGUAUGAGGACUUUGAGGAAAUGGAGCUGGAAUGGACCUCCAUCAUUUCUGAGCAGCCAGAACCCUGGGACGCAAAAAGUGAUACCGCCUUGGACUGGAAACCUAGUCACGAUGCCUCCAGAACCAAGAUCGUCCCUGGGUACUCACUCUGGGAAGAUCCCUAUGGGCAUUUGCCCAAGUUCCUGCAUUAUUUUGUUGUUCAGAAUUGGUUCAAAAAGCUGUUCCCUAUCUUUUCCCUGAAGGCCUAUCCAGAGAUGGGCACCAUAGAGGGCCUGGUCUCUGCAUUUCUGGAAUUCCUGAUAAAAGCUAACUGGGCAGACCGAGUGAAUAUUCUAAAUGCCCUGCUAAGGCUGUUGCCUAAUGUCAGUGCUGAACUUCGCAUGCGGAUACAUGGCAAACUCUUGUACUUGCUCAACCAUGAUUUUCCCCCCAGCCUCCUGGACAUGACUCAGAAGGAGUUUGUGAUGCUGGCAUUUCAGUUGCUCCUGGCCUGCAGCUUGGAGGUCCUUGAUGUCCUGCUGGAAAUCAUGUCCUACUUCCUUUGUUCUCCAGCCAGCUGUCAGUCAGAGCUCAAGAGUCUGCUGAUUAGUCUGGGCCUCCGUGACCCACAUGACAUCCUGUUCAAGGAGAUGCUGACCUGGUCUGAGGGCAGCACCCUUAAAUCCAAGUCCAGGAUUCGCGCACUGUGUCAAGAGAAACUUGAAGAAAUUGUUCUGGUGGGCCAAGGGCUGGGUGGCUCACCUACUGGGAACCUGUUGCCUUCUUCAGAGGUUCCCCCAAAAGACCAUGGAAUACCUUGGAGCAGUCUGCAACCAGUAUGUCUGUGGAGCCCCCCCCCCCAGGAGAUCUCUUCACAAGCCUCCCUCACUUCUGGGGCACCCCUGCCUGCCCUGAACAUCUCUUUGACACCCUCACAGACAUCAGAAUCAGAAGUUCGUGUUCAAGAGCUGCUGGCUUCACCUAGGGAAUCCAUCAUAGAACUCCAGACACAAGUGCACCGCUGGCCAAGCAGAAGAGCACUCGCUGAUACACUACAGGCCUUCUCUACUGGGUCUCAGGGCCCCUCUUCUGCACCUCAGAGCUACUUGGAGCUGUCCAUUCCUUCUAUAGUGAGAAGAGGGCCUCUGCCACUGGAGGAGACAGAAUGGUCACGCUAUCAGAUGAUGGACCUGUUUCAUAUAGAUGUGCUUAAUUUCUACUGUGAGAAGCAGCACACACAGCAGAAGAGCUUGCUGGAGGAGGAAGAGGAGCAGCAGCAGUUACCCCUAGAUCAGCUAAGACCCAACAUUGUGGUGCGGCCGCCUCGGUACCGCUGGCUCUAUCCCAUCCUCCGUCUGCAGGAGGCCAGGAGAUUCGUGAGUUAUCUGACCCAUGAGGGUCACAGGCCGUCCCACCAGGGCUUGGCUGAUGGUAUUUCCAUCCGGAUGCUGAAGCUGCCACUGCCACGAGUGGAGCUGCAGCCCUUUCCCCCAGGCUGGCCUUCACCUCCACGAGCUCUGCCCCCGUUGCUCCUUCAGCCUUCCCUACAACGGUAUUUUUUUGUCCGAAAGACAACCCCUGGCAAGUACAAUUGACCUGCGGGACAAAGAGCCAAGGCUCCACGGCCAAGUCCCAGUCCUACCACCUUGGCAAAUCACAAUAGCAUGCCUUGCCUACAUUAAAAAAUAUAUCUAAACACAAAUAUAUAUAUAUUUUCUUAUAGCAUAUAUACGUGUUCACUUGUGCUGAAGUACACGUGUUUGCGUGCUUGUGGAGGCCAAAAUUGAUGUUACUUUCCUUGUUCUACACCUUAUUUUAAUUAUUUUUUGGUUUUAUAAACUGUCUCUCUACAUGUAGCUUCUGGCCAUGCUGGAACUCACUGUCUAGACCAGGCUGGCCUCAUAGAACUCCACCUGCACCUGCCUCCUGAGAGCUGGGACUAAAGGUGUGCGCCUCCAUACCUGGUCCUAUUUUUAGUUUUUCAUUGUAUUGGUGUUUUCCUUUAUGUAGGUACCGAGUGGGUGUCAGCAGUAGGGUAUCUGUAGCAGGUACACUAAUGAUUGAACCAGAUGACGUUUGAGGAGAGAGAGCCAGGUAGGGCUGAUGCCCAUUUUGAUACCCUCUUCCCUUCUUUUCUCCAGGCCCAUGGGUGAGAGCCAUUUCUCCUUUGGUUUUGUUACGGUUGUCUUGUUCAUUUUCCUUUGCAGGGUGCUAUUUUAUGGUUCAUAUGCUGUCCUGGUUAGUUUUUUUGUUUCUUUUUGUCAUCUUGACACAAGCUAGAGUCAUUUGAGAAGAGGGAACCUCAAUUGAGAAAAAUAAAACUGCUCCCACCAGAUUGA